UUCUGAAAUUAAAGGUGAGAACCUGCUAGGCUGCUACGCCAUUGCCUUGUUGUUGCUUAAACCAAACUGACAAAAGGGCUCGCUGUUAUUACCCAAAACCCUAAACCUUCCACCGAUAGAAACGACCCAGUACGAUGUCUGCCCUAGAAAUCGAAGCUCGAGAUGUGAUUAAAAUAGUUCUUCAGUUCUGCAAAGAGAACUCUCUGCAUCAAACAUUCCAAACACUGCAAAGCGAGUGCCAAGUAUCUUUAAAUACAGUGGACAGCCUUGAAACAUUUGUAGCAGAUAUCAACAGUGGUAGAUGGGAUGCAAUAUUGCCUCAAGUGGCACAGCUUAAGCUUCCAAGAAAGAAACUUGAAGAUUUAUAUGAACAGAUUGUUCUAGAAAUGAUUGAACUUCGGGAGUUGGAUACUGCUCGUGCUAUAUUAAGGCAAACUCAGGCAAUGAGUGUCAUGAAACAAGAACAGCCAGAAAGAUAUUUAAGACUUGAGCAUCUUCUCGUUAGAACUUAUUUUGAUCCCCAUGAGGCUUAUCAGGAAUCAACAAAAGAGAAAAGACGCGCACAAAUUGCUCAAUCUAUUGCAGGAGAAGUCUCUGUGGUUCCACCAUCACGUUUAAUGGCUCUAAUUGGUCAAGCAUUGAAGUGGCAACAACACCAAGGGUUACUGCCACCUGGAACACAGUUUGAUUUGUUUAGAGGAACAGCUGCUAUGAAACAAGAUGUAGAUGAUAAGUAUCCAACAACUCUUGGUCAUACUAUUAAGUUUGGAAAGAAAAGUCACCCUGAAAGUGCAAGGUUCUCACCUGAUGGACAAUUCCUUGUUUCUUGCUCUGUUGAUGGGUUUAUUGAGGUCUGGGAUCACAUAAGUGGGAAACUUAAAAAAGAUCUUCAGUACCAAGCAGAAGAAUCCUUCAUGAUGCAUGAUGAUGCUGUUUUGUGUAUCGAUUUUAGUAGAGAUUCAGAGAUGCUUGCUUCUGGAUCACAAGAUGGAAAGAUUAAAGUUUGGAGAAUAAGAAAUGGGCAAUGUUUGCGACGCCUUGAAAACGCCCAUUCUCAAGGUGUCACAAGUGUUGUGUUUUCACGUGAUGGAAGUCAGUUAUUGAGCACUUCAUUUGAUGGAACUGCAAGGAUUCAUGGGAUAAAAAAUGGAAAAUUGUUAAAGGAAUUUCGUGGUCAUUCUUCUUAUGUAAAUGAUGCCACUUUUACAACUGAUGGACUUCGUGUCAUUACUGCAUCAAGUGAUUGUACAGUAAAAGUUUGGGAUUUGAAGACUACAGAUUGUCUACAAACCUUCAAGCCACCACCUCCAUUGAGGGGAGGAGAUGCGUCAGUAAAUUCGGUUCACCUUUCUCCAAAAAAUCCAGACCAUGUUAUAGUUUGCAACAAGACAUCAUCAAUUUAUCUCAUGACUCUUCAAGGACAGGUGGUGAAAAGUUUCUCAUCUGGUAAAAGGGAGGGUGGAGAUUUUGUUGCAGCUUGCAUAUCACCAAAAGGGGAAUGGAUAUAUUGUAUUGGUGAAGAUAAGAACUUGUACUGUUUUAGCCAUCAAUCUGGGAAACUUGAGCACUUGAUGAAGGUGCAUGAGAAGGACGUAAUCGGUAUUUGCCAUCAUCCCCACCGGAAUCUUGUAGCCACUUAUGGUGAAGAUUGCACCAUGAAACUAUGGAAGCCUUGAAGAUGCUCUUUUAUCAUUUACCCCCUUUUCUUUUUCUUUUUUUGGUUUUGAAGGACUCAUGUAACAAUAGUUGAAUGCAUUUUUAUUUUGUAUGUCAUUUUUUUUCACUUCAAGUACAUGCUGUUAUUCAUGUUGUUAACAAUGCAUUUAAUUACCAUAAUCAUGAAGUACUUAUAUA